AUGUUCCUGAACAGCGGUGCGGCAAGCGCCAAUGCCUGGAUGUGCAACUGUUACUAUCCUAAUAACCCCGGCGAGGUUGUAGCUAUCAAGGUCUGCAAUGAGUUCGGAGGAGGGCUCUGCCACGACAACACUUAUAACAUCAACGGAUGUAUCUUGGACAAGCCCAUCACUGAUGCCGACUGCGCCAGGCUCUAUCCCAAGAUUAUUGACGGCAAGCAAACCCCGGAUCAUGACUGGAAGGCAAACUGCGAACACUACACUGGAACUUGCCCCAAGUAG